AUGAAUAUUAAAGCUGCGUUAGCGAUUCUUAUGGUGUUUGUGGGAUGCUGUUCAAAUGUAGUGUUUUUGGAAUUACUAGUUAAGGAAGAUCCAGGGUCUGGAAAUUUGGCCACCUUUCUCCAGUUUCUAUUUAUUGCUUCGGUUGGGUUCUGCACGGUCGGAAAAUUCGGAUUCGCUAAACGACACAUACCUUUAAAGCAAUAUCUUCUACUAGUUGGAUUCUUCUGGACAAGUAGUGUGACAAACAACUAUGCAUUCAAUUUCAACAUUUCCAUGCCUUUGCACAUGAUAUUCAGAGCAGGUUCCUUAAUGGCGAAUAUGGCUAUGGGUGUUUGGAUAUUAAAGAAAAAAUAUCCUUCACUCAAAUAUCUCGCCAUCUUCAUGAUAUCAGCUGGUAUUUGCAUAUGCACUAUACAAUCCAGUGGAGAUGUGAAGGGUCAAAGAGAAACUCACGCAGACGCCACUGAGGAAGAGAAACUUAAAUUCAUUGAUUGGCUGUGGUGGUGUCUGGGUAUAGCCAUCCUAACUUUUGCUCUAUUUGUCUCAGCCAGAAUGGGAAUAUUCCAGGAAUCACUAUACUCCAAACACGGGAAACAUCCUUGGGAAGCUUUAUUCUAUACCCAUUUAAUACCAUUAGUGUUUUGGAUUCCGACAGCACCAAACUUAUUCAACCACAUCCAAAUCGCUCUGGAUACACCGUACAUGGACUUUUUAGGGUUCUCAUUGCCAAGACAGAUUCUUUGGAUGAUCUUGUAUGUCCUUACCCAGGGAAUGUGCAUCAGUGCGGUGUAUGUUCUGACCACGGAAUGUGCUUCCCUGGUCGUAACACUGACUGUGACCCUCAGGAAGUUUGUAUCGUUACUCUUUUCGAUCAUCUACUUCAGAAAUCCAUUUACCUUCGGACACUGGAUUGGUACUCUACUGGUAUUCAUCGGUACAAUGAUAUUUACUGAGUUAUUACAGAAGUCUAUAAUGUUAUUCUUGCCAAAGGAAAAGAAGAAGGUCCAGUGAAACAGUAGAGAAAAUAUAAAUAAUUUUAACGGAUACCUGAUACAGUUUUUAUUAUAUUUUAUAACUGUGGUUAGUAAAUUUUAUAACUGUCUAAUUUGGUAAAUAAAGUCACAUUUGACUAUGUGAUAAAAAUUAUUUUUUAUGUUUAAAUAUUAUUUUAUCAGGUGUCUUUAUAAAUAUAAAUUAGUGAGGCUUUAAAAGACCUUAUUUAAAAUCUUUGUUAGAUUAAUAUAGUAAAUCAGACAAAUAAUUGAUAGUAAAUAUGAACAAAACCAGUUUAUUAUGUAAAACUAACUAUUUAAUAAUAAUUUAAAUGAAGUUUAUUUACAUUUGUCUAAUUAUGUCAAAUUAGUGCAGAAUUAAUGAGAUUUUUUUUUUGCAAAUCAAACAAACAUUCCUUUGAAAUGGAAUAAAAUACAAUAUUUUUUUAAAGUUUUGUUGGUUGCCAUAUCAUAAUGACUGACAUUUAGAGUACAAUUGUUAAGUGGCUAAAAAUAAUGUACCAGUCAAGAUUUAUAUGUAUAAUAUUUUGUUUUUAUAAUUUAAAUUACGCAUUUGUAAUUUUAAGUAAAUAUUUUAAUGAAAUGUUACAAUAAUUUUGUUAUGUUAUUUAUUUAUUUAAUACUUCAUAAUUUUGUUAAGUACGUGAUAAAACUGAAUAUCUGUCAAAUAAGUAUAAAAGUGUAUUUAAUUUUCUAUUAUGUAAGAUUAUGAAGUUCCAAUUAUUAUGUCAGAGUGAAUAAGAUAUGUGCAAUGAUUUUAUGAUAUCAUGAAACAAAAUAAAAAUUAUUUUUAUUUUUAA